GAGUGGUGCGUGGAGGAGAGGAGGCAGAACCAGAGGGGGCAGUGAGAGACCAGUCACGUGUUUUCCACACCCCAAAGCCCUUCGCUACCCCCAGCAGGACCUGGUGAAAUCCUGGGUCUCCUGCCAGGCUCACACUCAGACAUCCCGAGUUCACAUCAUGAAGGGGUUGUUUCUCCAGAUGUUCACACUGUAUUGUGUUUUGAUCAUCAUGUCAGUGGCAGGAACGCUGAGAGAAAAAUCUGAGACUCAGUCUCCUUAUUCAGUUAUAGUAGAACUGAAACCGAGACACUGCCCGAGGCUUCCCAGUAACUACGAGUGCGGCAGAAGGUGCAAGUAUGCCUGGCAAUGCGGUGUGGGCUACGAAUGCUGCUAUUCUCUCUGUGGUCCUAUCUGCAUGAACGUCAGAAAACAUGAGGCUGACACUGAGGACUAUACACCCGUCACCACCACCACCACGCCAGGGUUUACUUUUUCCAUGACCACCACCCUGACUGGUUAAUAAAUGGAUAUGGGGCAUCAGAAUAAUACUACUUGAUGUCCAGUGGGACCAUCAUCUUGUCCCAGAUGGAAAGUAGGGGGAGGGAGGAAGAGCGGUCCCAGGGCAAUGUCUCCUACCUGACAGCCCUCUUCCCUGAACCAUUAUAUUAUCAAUCUCAAUUCCUUGACAAAUAAACUGUGGAAGUAAUUCA